CUAAAUUCAUUUGUACUUUGGUAGAUUCUUCAAGAACUGAAAGAUGAUAGCAGAGAAACCUAGUUGGAUCAGGCAUGGCGGCACACAGAUUUUCUCGAUUGAUAUUCAGCCUGGAGGCCUCAGGUUUGCUACUGGUGGUGGCGAUCAUAAGGUUCGCAUUUGGAACAUGAAAUCUGUUGGCAGGGAACUUCAAACCGAUGACUCAUCAUCCAAACUUCUUGCAACCCUUCGUGACCAUUUUGGGUCCGUUAACUGUGUUAGGUGGGCCAAGCAUGGCCGGUAUAUUGCAUCUGGAUCAGACGAUCAAGCUAUUCUCAUCCAUGAGAGGAAACCCGGUUCAGGGACCACAGAAUUCGGCAGUGGGGAGCCACCCGAUGUCGAGAACUGGAAAGUUUCCAUGACUUUGAGAGGACACACUGCUGACGUGGUGGAUCUCAAUUGGUCCCCAGAUGAUUCAACACUGGCCAGUGGGAGUCUUGAUAACACGAUCCACAUUUGGGACAUGAGUAAUGGUGUAUGUGCUGCCGUUCUUCGUGGCCACUCGAGUCUGGUUAAAGGCGUGGCUUGGGAUCCUAUUGGCUCGUUCAUAGCAAGCCAAUCGGACGACAAGACUGUCAUAAUUUGGCGAACGAGUGAUUGGAGCCUUGCUCAUAGAACUGAUGGUCACUGGGCCAAAUCCCUUGGCUCCACUUUCUUCAGACGGCUCGACUGGUCGCCAUGUGGCCAUUUUAUAACCACGACUCAUGGAUUCCAAAAGCCCAGGCAUUCGGCACCUGUUCUUGAGAGAGGGGAAUGGUCUGCCACUUUCGACUUCUUGGGACACAAUGCACCAAUUAUUGUUGCCAGGUUUAACCACUCGAUGUUCAGAAGGAAUGCCGCGAAUUCGCAUGAGCUGAAUAACGUGUCCGCUGGUUGGUCUAAAUCUAAUGGAUCUGCAAAGCCUGAAGGGAAAGAUUCCCAGCCGUAUAAUGUAAUCGCAAUUGGAAGCCAGGAUCGUACCAUAACUGUGUGGACUACUGCCAGCCCCCGCCCACUUUUCGUGGCCAAACAUUUCUUUUCUCAAAAAAUCGGACAUAAACUAACCGACUCCGAAUUACAGGAUCUGAAGAGAAAUCGCUAUGGUGACGUGAGGGCUCAACAGGGGAAAUUAGCCGAGACCCCAGCCCAGCUGCUACUCGAAGCAGCAGCCUCUACAAAGCAAUAUCCUAGCAAAAAGACAAAUUUACCCAUCCCCGAGACUCAGAUCUCUUCAAGACCCCCUGUCGUUUUAGCUAUCAAGGCAAAAGUUAGCAAGACUACUGUCGAUGAUGGAAAGAAAAAAAAUAAAGAGGCUGUCAAGGAUGGGCCUAGUCAAGUGGGUUCGGCCCGAAUGUCGAGCCCGGUGAAGCAGAAGGAAUAUAGGCGGCCGGAUGGCAGAAAGAGGAUAAUACCUGAAGCAGUUGGGUCAACUGCUCAUCAGCAGAGCCCAAUUGGCGCUCAAUCUGAAAAUCUUGAAUUUUCUGGGAAGUCAUUGGAUCAAAUAAACGGGACAAUACAUGGUGAUGGUGGUUUUAGAGAAGGGUCAUUAAGGAAAUCAGUGAGUUCUGUGGCUAAAACUUCUAUUACCGAGAGUUUGGUCAUUGAGAGGGUCCCGGCUAGUGAGAGCAAGGAAAACAGUACUACUGUUGAGCAAGUUGGGUCCCAAGCUUCAGGAAGUGUUCUAUUGAUAAGGGUGUUUGAUAAGGAAAAUGCAGAGGAUACUGUACCUGUGUGCUUGGAAGCUCGGCCGAGAGAGCAUGCUGUUAAUGAUAUUGUGGGGGCAGCAAGUAGUUUUCUGAUUAAAGAAACGGAACUUUCUUGCACGAGAGGGUCUUGGAAUUUAUGGGCUGAUAGGAUAUCUGGGAAGGUUUCUGUCUUGUCUGGGAAUUCAAACUUUUGGGCUGUUGGCUGUGAGGAUGGGUCGUUACAGAUUUACACAAAAUGUGGGAGACGUGCUAUGCCGACCAUGUUGAUGGGUUCCGCUGCGGUUUUUAUUGAUUGUGAUGAGUCGUGGAAGUUGUUGCUCGUCACAAAGAAAGGGUCUGUAUAUGUGUGGGAUCUUUUUAACAAGAAAUGCCUGCUUCACGAUUCCUUGGUCUCAUUAAUAACAGCAGACCCGAAGUCUAAUGCUAAGGAUAGUGAUGAUUGUUUUCCUGUAUCGAAUUUUGCAAGCUCUUGGACUGUGGGUUCAACUCUUGGUGGUGAGUUGGCUUCUCUUCAGAAUGAUGUCAGAAAGUUUCUGGCACGUAAACCAGGAUGGAGCAGGGAGGCAGAUGAGUCCCGUUUACGUGAAGUUUGUGAGAGUUUUCUCGGCCCUCCUAUUGGGAUGACUGAGCCCGGAUUGGAUCCAAAGACACCAGCAUGGGACCCUUUUGUACUUGGUAUGAAUAAGCAUAAGAUCCUCCGGGAAGACAUUCUUCCAGCUAUGGCCUCAAACAGAAAGGUUCAACGGCUUCUCAACGAGUUCAUGUUCCUUUUAUCCGAAUACGAGACCACUGAGACGGGCCCAACAUUUGAGGCCCAUACCAAUAAUACAAAUUCUGAGGCCCAAACAUGCACUGCCAAACAGUCUGCUGAUGCCAUUGAUUGUACUUUGCAACCAAACGAUCAAAUGGACACUACAGUUCAGAAAGAUUGUAUCCCAUCCGUGGAUGCAAAUCAUGCGCAAAAAGCGCGAAAAAAAUUGGAUCUAAUGAAUGUGGAUUUACUGGGUUCGAAUCAAUUGGAUAAAUCGGGCCUAUUGGACAAAAACCAGGGUUCUUGAUUCGUGAUUUUUGAUGAUUAAGAGGUAUCCAGUUAAAAAAAAAAUAAAAAAAAAUAA